UACAAGGUAUCUCCUUUCUCAGACUCUUAAAUUGUUUCGAUGCUCUUCGACCUCUCCAAUCUCCUUCGACAUCAUGACAUUUUCCAAGGUCUGCAGCUGUUGGAAGCUGCUCUACCAGUGGACUUCGUCUUGGGGGAAGAAGAACGCGGAGUCAGAUGGCAGUCAGCCCCCGGCCCCUGACGAGACCUCGCACGCCAGGAAGCCCUCGGUGGUCUACACCUGCGGACCUUGCGGUGGCGCCGGCGGGAGCGAGAGGAACAUGGGUGCAGAUCCCGCCACUCGCAUCCUAAAGGUGAUGGUUCGCCAUGGGCUUGCCGUGGACGCCAUUAGAAUUCUGUACCGGCGCGACGGCCGCGACGAGUGGACCGACUGGUGGGGGGGAAGAGGAGGGCAACUUUCCGAGGUCGUUCUGGAUGAUGAACGCGAUGAAUACUUGGCAUGCCUAAGUGGUCGAUAUGGCAUUUGCGGCGGCUACCUGGUGAUAAAGUCGCUGACUUUUGCCACCAACAAGAGGACGUAUGGGCCGUUCGGGGUGGAAGAUGGUGCUCCUUUCAAGUUGGAUGCAGGAGGUCAAAGGAUCGUGGGGUUCUUCGCCCGCGCUGGCCAAUUCCUCGACGCCAUCGGGUGCGCCUCAACCUCUCCGAUCUCCUUCAACGUCAUGGCAUUUUCCAAAGUCUGCAGCUGUUGGAGGCUCCUCUACCAGUGGACCACGUCUUGGGCGAGCAACAACUCGGAGUCAGAUGGCACUCACCACCCUGACAGCGAUGAAACUUCGGACGCCAUGAGGCCCUCGGUCUACGUCUCCGGACCUUGUGGUGGCGCCGGCGGGAGCGAGAGGGACAUGGGUGUAGGUCCCGACACUCGCAUCCUGAAGGUGAUGCUUCGCCAUGGGCUCGCAGUGAACGCCAUUAGAAUUAUGUAUCAUCACGACGGCUGCAACGGGUGGACCGGCUGGUGGGGGGGAACCGGAGGGCAACUCUCCGAGAUCAAUCUGGAUGUCGAUGGCGAUGAAUCCUUGACAUGGAUAAGUGGUCGAUAUGGCUUUUUCCGCGGCGAAAUGGUGAUAAGGUCGCUGACUUUUGGCAGCGACAAGAAGACGUAUGGGCCGUACGGGGUGGAAGAUGGUUUUACUUUCGAUUUGGAUGCAGGAAGUCAAAGGAUCGUGGGGUUCUUCGCCCGCUCAGGCCAAUUCCUCAACGCCAUCGGGGUUUAUACAGCUUAGCGAUCGAUAUAAUUCGUCUCAUAAGAUCGUCUCUGUACGAAAUUAAUUCUAAUAUCUGAUAAUAAAUAAAGGUCUUUAC